AUGACAGUGCGUGACGCAUUGAAUCAGGCGAUGGACGAGGAAAUCAAACGGGACGAUCGAGUAUUCUUGUUGGGAGAAGAAGUCGCUCAAUACGACGGAGCAUACAAGAUUUCGAAGGGAUUAUGGAAGAAACACGGAGAUAAACGAAUCAUUGACACUCCAAUCACUGAAAUGGGAUUCGCUGGAAUUGCCGUCGGCGCGGCGUUCGCUGGUCUCCGUCCGAUUUGCGAGUUCAUGACGUUCAACUUCUCAAUGCAAGCCAUCGAUCAAAUCAUCAAUUCAGCCGCCAAGACAUACUAUAUGUCUGCCGGAAGAGUCCCCGUGCCAAUCGUGUUCCGUGGACCAAACGGAGCCGCAGCCGGAGUCGCCGCCCAACAUUCUCAAGACUACUCGGCGUGGUAUGCUCACUGUCCUGGACUGAAGGUCGUCACACCGUACAGUGCUGAAGAUGCAAAGGGAUUGUUGAAGGCGUCGAUUCGUGAUGAUAAUCCGGUUGUAUUCCUGGAGAACGAGAUUCUCUACGGUCAAUCAUUCGCAGUCAGCGAUGAAGUGCUCUCCGACGAUUUCGUCGUUCCAAUCGGAAAAGCGAAAAUCGAACGUUCGGGAGAUCACGUGACGAUUGUCUCGUAUUCUCGUGGAGUCGAAUUUUCGCUGGAAGCUGCGAAACAACUCGAAUCGAUCGGUGUCUCCGCAGAAGUCAUCAAUCUCCGUUCGCUCCGCCCAUUCGAUUUCGAAUCGAUCCGUCAAUCGGUCCAUAAGACGCAUCAUUUGGUCUCUGUUGAAACUGGAUGGCCAUUCGCUGGAAUUGGAGCUGAAAUUGCGGCUCAAGUCAUGGAAAGCGAUGUGUUCGAUCAACUUGAUUCGCCACUUUUGAGAGUAACCGGAGUGGACGUUCCAAUGCCAUACGCACACACUUUGGAGCAAGCAGCUCUUCCAACCACUGAGCACGUGGUGAAAGCCGUCAAGAAGAGUUUGAAUAUUCAAUAA